AUGGCCAUAGUGGCUGAUGCCCACCGCAUUCGGGGUGGCGGCGGCGGCACCACCGUGACCCAGACCCAGACAAACACCCAGGACGCAAGCAUCGGCGCCAACAGCCCAAACACCCGCGUCUCCAUGAGCAGCGACCAGGCCACCACCGUCGCCCGCGCGCUCUUGGGGCGCGGCGACGGCGACCAGCCGCAAGAGGCUGCCACCGUCGGCCGCGCGCUCUUGGGCCGCCGCAACAGCGAGCGGCCGCAGGAGGCCGCCACCGCUGGCCGCGCGCUCUUGGGCCGCCGCGACAGCGACCGGCCGCAGGAGGCCGACACCGUCGGCCGCGCGCUUUUGGUCAGCUGGAACAGCGGCCCCGCUCGGGCUCGCGUCACCAAGAAACAGGAGGACGCCGACUCCGCCCGCCACCUGCUCAGGAUCCGCAGCCCCAGCGACGCUCGCGUCACCUAUUCUCAGCCGGAGGAGGCCGACACCGCGCGCCGCCUGCUCUUGGGCCGCCGCGACGGCGUCGCUCGGCCUCGCGUCACCAACCAACAGGAAGAGGCCGACACCGCCGGCCGUGUGCUUUUGGUCGGCUGGAACAGUGGCCCCGCUCGGCCUCGCGUCACCAAGAAACAGGAGGAGGCCGACUCCGCCCGCCACCUGCUCAGGAUCCGCAGCCCCAGCGACGCUCGCAUCUCCUAUUCCCAGCCGGAGGAGGCCGACACCGCGCGCCGCCUGCUCUUGGGCCGCCGCGACGGCGUCGCUCGGCCUCGCGUCACCAACCAACAGGAGGAGGCCAACACCGCCGGCCGUGUGCUUUUGGUCGGCUGGAACAGCGGCCCCGCUCGGCCUCGCGUCACCAACCAACAGGACGAGGCUGACACCGCCGGGCGCGUGCUGUUGGGCCGCCGCGACGACGCCGCUCGGCUUCGCGUCACCUAUCAGCCGGAGGAGGCCGACACCGCCCGCCGCCUGCUGUUGGGCCGUUGGGACCGCCCCGCUCGGCCUCGCGUCACCAACCAACAGGAGGAGGCCGACACCGCCCACCGCCUGCUCUUGGGCCGCCGCGACGGCCUCGCUCGGCCCCGCGUCGCCUAUGCGGGCGGCGGCAGCACGACCGUCACUCAGUCUCAGACCAGCGACCAGGCUGCGACCACCGGCGCCAACAGCCCGGGCUCCUCCAUCAGCCAGACCAGCAGCCAGGAGGCGACCGCCACCAUCGGGCGCCGCCUGCUUGCUUCCAACUAG